CGAUUGCGACAAAACUGAACGACAUGUUUUAAUUUCGAACGCCGAUGUAUCGCCGGAAUAUUUAGCCGUUUCCAUGCCGGUCGAUCAUUAUUCGCAUGCAUUUAAAUUCCUAUUUCCUAGCAUCUCCUACCAUGAUCUGUUCAUCUUCUCAUUACACUAUAAACGACGUUAACAUAUCGUUUCAGUUAACUUUUCAUUCCGCGUAUCGAUCGAAAGUCAGUCUACGAUUUUCACCUUAACCGCGAUGAUCUCUGCACUCUUUUGUUAAACUCAACCGAAAAUGACGCAUCGAUUAGAAAAUAAACAGUUCCAAUCGUAUUUAAAUCUGUAAUUACAGUGUAGAUUGAUCUAAAUCAUGGCGGGUGAUGGAGGAGAAGGGACGUCGUUGGAGUUUACACCUACAUGGGUUGUAGCCGCCGUCUGUACUGUCUUCGUCAGCGUUUCCCUCUUCGUCGAACGGCUACUGCACUACGCCGGCAAGAAAUUGAAAAAGGAGGGGCGCAAGCCACUGUUUGAAGCUCUGCAAAAAGUCAAGGAAGAAUUGAUGCUGUUAGGGUUUAUUUCACUACUAUUGUCUGUUUGUCAAGAUAGGAUUGUUAAGAUCUGUGUGAACGAGACUACCAUGGAACACUUUCUUCCUUGUCCGUUAAAAGCAAAAGAAAAGAUGAUUGAUCCCAAGUCAAAAAACUCAUCUACUAUUCGCCAAUUGCUCGGAGAUAAAAAAACUUCAAUGGGUUAUUGUGCUCAGAGGAAUAAGGUGCCAUUGUUAUCAGGCGAGGCUCUGCAUCAUCUACACAUCUUUAUUUUCAUACUAGCAGUUGUACAUGUGACGUUUUCUGUUCUCACUGCUGUAUUUGGAGGGUUUAAGAUACGCCAAUGGAAGCAAUGGGAAACAUCUGUCAGAGAAGAAAAUCUCAACACUACACAAGUUCAAGAACCGACGAUCACAGACGUUAGAAAUCAUGAUUUCAUCAGGAAACGGUUCUUGGGUUUUGGCAAACGUUCAGCUCUUUUAGGUUGGCUGCAUUCUUUCUUCAAGCAAUUCUAUGGAUCAGUGACGAGGCCAGAUUAUGUAGUUCUUCGAUCCGGUUUUAUUAUGACACAUUGCAAGGGAAGCCGAAAUUUUAAUUUUCACAAGUACAUGAUACGUGCACUUGAAGAUGAUUUUAGGAAAGUUGUAGGCAUCAGUUGGUAUUUGUGGAUAUUCGUGAUCAUAUUCAUGUUACUGAAUGUCAAUGGUUGGCAUACGUAUUUUUGGAUAGCUUUUGUUCCAUUAAUCUUGCUACUUUCGGUGGGAUCGAAGCUUGAACACAUAAUCAUUCAAUUGGCUCAUGAAGUUGCGGAGAGGCAUAUAGCCAUAGAAGGCGAACUGGCAGUAAAACCUUCAGAUGACCAUUUUUGGUUUCAUCGCCCAAAACUCGUCCUUCUCUUCAUACAUUUUAUUCUCUUCCAAAAUGCCUUUGAGAUUGCCUUCUUCUUCUGGAUAUUGAUUCAAUUUGGAUUCGACUCGUGCAUAAUGGAAAAAUUGAUUUACAUUAUCCCCAGACUCAUCAUUGGGGUUUUUAUUCAAGUUUUGUGCAGUUACAGUACUCUACCACUUUAUGCGCUGGUAACACAGAUGGGAAGUAGUUUCAAGAAGUCGAUAUUUGAAGAGCAUGUACAAGUAGGUCUUAUUAGUUGGGCUCACAAAGCCAAGAGAAAUAAAGCUCUAAACGCCACAACCAACAACUCUGCCCAAGAUGGCCCUGGCGGCGGUGGUGGUGGUGGAGGAGGAGGAGGAGGAGGUGGUGGUGUGGAGCUAGAAGGAAUUCAUAUUGCUAGAGAUCCACAACGAUCUACGAAUACAUGA